AGUUUCACCCACUCAACAAGAAGCACAGAAAAGUAGUUAUCCUUUUUUUUUGGUUUACGCAGCUCAACGCAUUCCAACUCAGAGCAUUCUAUCGCUUUGUAAUACACUUAUUUCGCUUUCUUUUAAAAGUCAAGAAAGGCUCUCUCUUUGUCCUGUCUCGCACACCAUGCGCCGCUCCAUCAGCAAGCUGAGCCUCAGCGCCCUCCGCGCCUGCCGCGUUCCUGCUGUGUUCACGCUGGCCACCCUGCGACUCACGCAGACACCGCAUGCACGGAGCUGCACUGCUGUUGCUGCGGGUGCGCUGACGUUGCCGCGGCGGUUUGCGAGCGAUGCCGCGCUGGCCGACGCGACCCGCCGUGAGUUGGAGGAGGAGAUGGGUCGUAGCGACAAGCCGGAGCAGCCGACGCCGCCGGCUGGGUGGCAGGUGAGCCGCAAGCCCGGCACCUGCACCUUCGAUAUGACUAAGAGUUACGAGGGCGAGGAGCUGGUCGUGCGCUACAGCACCAACCAAGACUCCGAUAAGGCGAACAGCCACGACAUCUACGUCUACGUCAAGCAGAAGAGCGGUCAGACCAUGCAGACCGACCUCAGCAUUGAAGAAGGUGAGCUGGUGCUGAACAACAUCCGCUUCUACGAUAAUGCGCAGCUGGCAAUGGACAUGAGCGCCGAGGGUGCAGCGAAGCGCGAGGAGCUGUACACCGGGCCGCUGGUGCACGAGCUGGACUACGACAUGCUGAACUGCGUCAUGACCUACCUGGAGAAGCGCGGCGUGGAUGAGAAACUGGGCGAGUUUGUGAUUCUGUAUAGCUUCUGGGCGGAGCAGCAGGACUACGAGGCGUGGCUGUCCACCAUGAACAAGUUCGUGUCGUGA